AAUGGUCUAUCGCGGGAAGCCCAGCAGAGCGUGUCUGGAAUGUCGAGUCAAAAGAAGAAAGGUGUCGAAUGUUUGCUCUUGCACAAUUAUUGAAGCUUGACUAACAGGAUGUGGGGGGCCAGUGCGACUUUUCUCGACCAACAUGCUGUCAAUGCGCCAGGGCCGGUUCUAGAUGUGAUGGAUACCGAGACCAACACUCCCUCGAAUUCCGGGAUCAAACCGCGGAGACCUUGGACAGAAAUGGGUUUUUUUGUGACAAUGGCUUACCUGUUCAGUUGAUUUCCAGCAACCAGGCAGUCUCCGUAAGCUCUAAAUUAUCUCAAAAGAAGACUACGGUUCAUCAGUCCACUGCGCCACUUCUUCAUGACCCUUGGAUGAUGGUCAGGCUUUUACCAGAACAACAGGGUCUACAUUUCUUUUUCUAUCAUUACCUCGUGAAUGGGGCUGGGCAUGCCUCCAGCCAUCCUGACUGUCUCGCCACGAUCCACGCCCGAGUGACAGGACACGGCUACUUGGCCGAUCUGGCCAUUGCUGUCGGAUCAGCUAGCCUAGCCAAUCUGCGGAAUGCGUCCACGUUGAUUCAAGCAGCGGGUCAGUCGUAUUCUCGUGCUAUCCGCGAUAUCCGACUUGCUCUAGCCGAUCCGGCUGAAGCGGCAUCUGACCAAAUGCUAGUCAGCGUGAUGCUCCUAGCCUUGUACGAAACAGUCACUCUGAAUUUCGACAACGAUCUGCACCCAUGGGAUAAGCAUGUGAAUGGCGCUUUAGCACUAAUACAGCUUCGAGGAGUAAGCCAGCUACAGAAUAGGAUUGGCCGAUCUAUAUUUCUCAGCCUGCGCACCGAAAUUCUUAUCAACUGUCUGCAACGUCAGGUGCGGGCACCACUAAGAUUAGUAAACUGGAUCAUCGAGGCCCGUCUUUAUGAAACAGCGCAAGAAGCACCUGCUACCAGAUUAGCCAACAUAAUAGUCAAAGCCUGCUCCGUUUUGGCGUUGGCCAAAGAGGAGAUUACAAACGAGGCAAAACUACCUCAACUUAUCUCCAAACUGUUGUCAGUCGAUAAUGACUUUGUGUACUGGUCUGAGAGCCUUCCAUCGGAAAAUGGAUAUGAGACCGUGACCAGUCCAGACGAAUCUAUUUUAGCGUACACCGGACGAUACGAUAUAUAUCCUAGCGCUGAUAUCGCUCAUACCUGGAAUUUGCUGCGCUGUGCGCGCAUUAUUCUUCAUCAGACCCUCGUGGAGGCUACAUCAAUACUCUUGAAGGCACCAUCUCCCGUUUCAUCAUCGGCUUCCUUACCUAUAUCACACAGAGCUAUACUCCGAAAUUCUGACGCGGAAAUAUAUGAAAAUGCAAGCCAUAUAUGUUACAGCGUGCUAUAUGUCCUCCACUUCUGCGGUAAGCCAGUUAGGCCUGGGAAUCUGAGAGCCGUUCAUACUGUGCCCCUGUUGUGGCCCCUUUACAUUGCAGGAACGGCAUGUACUGCAAGCGAUGCUCUCCGCGAAUGGGUUAUCGCGCGGAUGGAAAUGAUCAAAGGAGUCACUGGUAUCCAAAGAGCAAGACUUGUGGCCUCUCAUGUACAACGACCGUGUUCGUCCUCCUGUGUGAUUUAAGUUUGAUUUCGAAAUUCCUAGUCCAAAGCGUUUAG